AUGUUAAAAAAUAUUGAUUAUCGGAAGAAAUUCUUCCCACAUUUAAGAAUCUUACCUGAAGAUAUUAACGCCGAAUCUGGUGCCAACUAUGAUGAUGAUGAUGAUGAUGAUGAUGAUGUAUCAUCAUUAGACGUCAUGAGAGAAUCUGAAGAAAUUACCCAGAGGAAAAAAUCGUCUUCUUCUAAUUCUGGUGCUGAUCUUGAAAGUUUCCAUGAUGAAAAUCAUGAAACUUUUGCAUCUACUAACGGUGCUACUACAAAAUUACAACCUAACAUUCCGUACGAAUUAAGAGAUGAAAAUGGUCGUAAAUGGUGGAAAUAUUUCGAUGAAUUUGAAUAUAGAAUUAACAAAGAAUAUAGGAAGUCUCGUAAAUGGUAUGAAUUCCUAUAUCCAAAUCAUACAACCCAUAGUAAAGCGGAAAGAAAAUUAUUAUACAAAUUAGAUAUCGUUGUCGGGUUUUAUUUCUUGGUGUUAUGCUGGUCCAAAUCUGUUGAUACAAAUAAUUAUACAAAUGCUUAUGUGUCCAAUAUGAAAGAAGAUUUACAUAUGAAAGGGAACGACUAUAUCCAUACGUCUACCAUUUCAAACGUCGGUGCUAUUGUUUUCCAGUUACCAUUCAUGUAUUUAUUACCCAAAUAUCCUGCUCAUAUUAUAUUACCAAUGAUGGAUUUAGGUUGGACUUGGUUCACAUUUGCAUGCUAUAGAGCUAAAUCAUUAUCAGAAUUACAAGCUUACAGAUUCAUUCUUAAUGCUUUUGGUGCGGCAUAUUAUCCUGUCUCACAAUAUAUCUUGGGUUGUUGGUAUGCACCUGAUGAAUUAACCUCUCGAGUGUUUUUAUUCUUCUGUGGACAACUUUUAGGUGGUGUAACAUCGGGUCUUUUACAAGCACGUAUUUUUAAAAGUUUAAAUGGCGUUAAUGGACUAGCUGGUUGGAGAUGGAUGUUUUUAAUCGAUGCAAUUGCAAUCUCAUUGCCAACUGCUAUCUUAGGCUUCUUCGUUAUUCCCGGUAUUCCAUCCAAAUGUUAUUCAUUAUUCUUGACAGAUGAAGAAAUCAGAAUUGCAAGAGUUAGAAACAAAAGAAAUCAAAUUAAAGAUGGUAUUGAUAGUUCUAAAUUGAUUUCUUUGUUUAAAUGGGAUUUAUGGAAGAAAGUUUUCUUUACACCAACAUUCUGGGUUCUUUUAAUAUUCGAUACAUGUUCAUGGAACAAUAUGACUGCAUUUAGUGGUUCUUAUACACUUUGGUUGAAAUCAAACACCAAGUAUUCAAUUGAACAAGUUAACAAUUUAAGUGUUUUGCCAGCAUGUUUAGGUUUUGCUUAUGUUUUCGUUUGCGCUGCUGGUGCUGAUUUAUUCCAUUGUAAAUGGAUAUUUAUGGUAUUCGCAGCUAUAAUGAAUUGUAUUUCAUGUGGAUUAUUAAUCAAAUGGGAUAUUCCAUCCAAUGCUAAAUGGUUUGCAUUUUUAACUACAUAUUUCAGUGUGGCACCAUCUCCAUGUUUAUGGUCAUUCAUUAAUGAUUUCUUAAGAUUUGAUCCGCAAGUUAAAGCUAUCACUUGGAUUGCUAUCUAUUCAUUUUCUCAAUCAACUAAUGCAUGGAUUCCAAAUUUAGCAUGGCCAACUGUGGAAUCUCCAAGGUUUAAAACUGGGUAUACUGUUUGUUUGAUAUUUGGGGCAAUUUAUGGGGCAUGGACUUUUGUUGUAUUAUAUUUUUAUAAAAAAAAUGAAAGGAAACAUGCCUUGGGGAACGGUAUUAUUUUAUAUGAUAGUUCAAAGCAAGAAAAUCCACCAUCAUUUGUUACUAAGGAAAUGGAACAAAGAUCUGAUGGAUAUUAUUACUUAAAGAAGCAAGCAUAA